CACAGCUGGGAAGCUCAGCAUCCAGUCUUCAUCUGCUGGCAGCCUAAGGUGUGCAGGACCCACAGUAAGAGGGUCAGCUAUCCAGACAGCAGACAGGACAGCUUCUCCAGUGGACAGGUGCCAUCCUGGACCAAGGUCUUGGGCUUGCUUCAGCAGUAAACAUGAGUUCUUCUGGAUCACUACCAGCCUCCCCUGCUGGCAUCGGGAAAGAUGGGGCAGCUUUCUGACUGGGAGGCUGCUAGCUGUGUGGGAGUUAAAAGACCCUACAAACCCAGAGACAGGAGUGCCAAGUGGUCUCUGCUGGCUUCAGGUGCUAAUGAGUCCCCAGGGGCUCAUCUCUGGUUGGAGGCUUCACAGACAGAACAACGGGUGCUGAUCCUGCCUCUGAAGUCAUCUGAUUGGUAUAUGACACUAUCCUUAGUCUUGGGAUGCAGCAGGGAAUAAGUCACACUUGGUCCCUGCUCACAUGGACAUGACCAUCUUGUGGGGACAAACAAUUAGAAAGUAAAUAACUGUCAAAGCAUGCACUGAGAUCAGAGACUGCCAGAUGAAUCUGUUUAACCUAAGUAUCUAGCACUGACCUGGUGCACAACAGGUGCCUUGGGAAAAAAAUAUAUGGACUACAUUACUGAAAAAAAAAAAAAAAGAAAACCAGGCAGCAGUGAACACUUGAAAGAGCCACAAACUGGGAGUGAGGGUCCCAUUUGUACAUCGAAGAUGACAGAAAAAUCUAAUGGUGUGAAGAGCUCUACAGCCAAUAACCACAACCAUCACGCACCUACUGCCAUCAAGACCAAUGGCAACGAUGACCAGGGGACCAGUAGCAGGCCACAGUCUGCGGCUGAAGAUGACACAUCCUCAGAACUGCAGAGGCUGUCAGAGAUGGAUGCCCUCCAGCGGGAGAGAGGUGGUUUCCGCAGGAUCGUCCGCCUGAUGGGGGUCAUUAGAGACUGGGCCAUUAAGAAUUUCCGCGAAGAGGAACCAAGACCUGACUCAUUCCUUGAGCGUUUUCGUGGUCCUGAACUCCAGACCGUGACAACACAGCAAGGGGAUGACAAAGGCAACAAGGACGGCGAGGGCAAGGGCACUAAGAAGAAAUUUCAACUAUUUGUCUUAGACCCAGCUGGGGACUGGUACUACCGCUGGCUGUUUGUGAUUGCCAUGCCUGUCCUCUACAACUGGUGCCUGCUGGUGGCCAGAGCCUGCUUCAGUGACUUACAGAAAAGCUACUACCUAGUGUGGCUGGUGCUGGACUACUUCUCAGAUGUGGUCUAUAUUGCAGACCUCUUCAUUCGAUUACGCACAGGUUUCCUAGAACAGGGGCUGCUGGUCAAAGAUCCCAAGAAGCUGCGGGACAACUAUAUCCAUACUCUGCAGUUCAAGCUAGAUAUAGCUUCUAUCAUCCCCACAGACCUGGUCUAUUUUGCUGUGGGCAUACACAGCCCUGAGCUGCGUUUCAACCGCCUUCUACACUUUGCCCGUAUGUUUGAAUUCUUUGACCGAACUGAGACACGCACUAGUUACCCCAAUAUCUUCCGCAUCAGUAACCUGGUUCUCUACAUCUUGAUCAUCAUCCACUGGAAUGCUUGCAUCUACUAUGCCAUUUCCAAGUCCAUUGGCUUUGGGGUUGACACCUGGGUUUAUCCCAAUAUCACUGAUCCUCAGUAUGGCUACUUGGCUAGGGAAUACAUCUACUGCCUUUACUGGUCUACACUGACCCUUACUACCAUUGGGGAGACACCACCUCCUGUAAAGGAUGAGGAGUAUCUAUUUGUUAUUUUUGACUUCCUGAUUGGUGUCCUUAUCUUUGCCACCAUUGUGGGAAAUGUGGGUUCCAUGAUCUCCAACAUGAAUGCCACCCGAGCUGAGUUCCAGGCCAAGAUUGAUGCAGUCAAACAUUACAUGCAGUUCCGCAAAGUCAGCAAGGAGAUGGAAGCCAAGGUCAUUAAGUGGUUUGACUACCUUUGGACCAAUAAGAAGACUGUGGAUGAGCGGGAAGUUCUCAAAAAUCUGCCGGCCAAGCUGAGGGCUGAGAUAGCCAUCAAUGUCCACUUGUCCACACUCAAGAAAGUGCGCAUCUUCCAGGAUUGUGAGGCUGGCCUGCUGGUGGAGUUGGUAUUGAAGCUUCGUCCUCAGGUCUUCAGCCCUGGGGAUUACAUUUGCCGCAAAGGGGAUAUUGGCAAGGAGAUGUACAUAAUCAAGGAGGGCAAGUUGGCAGUAGUGGCUGAUGAUGGUGUCACUCAGUAUGCCCUGCUCUCAGCUGGGAGUUGCUUUGGAGAGAUCAGUAUCCUUAAUAUUAAGGGUAGCAAAAUGGGCAAUCGACGCACAGCCAAUAUCCGCAGCCUGGGCUACUCAGAUCUCUUCUGCUUGUCCAAGGAUGACCUCAUGGAAGCCGUGACUGAGUACCCUGAUGCCAAGAAGGUCUUGGAGGAGAGGGGUCGAGAAAUCCUUAUGAAAGAGGGGUUACUAGAUGAGAAUGAGGUGGCAUCCAGCAUGGAGGUGGAUGUGCAAGAGAAGCUAGAACAACUGGAGACCAACAUGGAGACCUUGUACACUCGCUUUGGCCGCCUGUUGGCUGAGUACACAGGGGCCCAGCAGAAGCUCAAACAGCGCAUCACGGUUCUAGAAACCAAGAUGAAGCAGAACAAUGAGGAUGAUUACCUUUCUGAUGGGAUGAACAGCCCUGAGCCAGAUGAUGCUGAAAAGACAUAAGGGCUUGGGCCUAACUGCCUCUCCAACCUUGGCCUUGACCCCAGGAGCUAGAAGAGCUGUGUAGGUCUUCACAUUUGAAUACAUUAUCCCCAUGUCACCUUGAAUUCUCCCUAAAGCCUCUCUGUCACCAGGUUUUUGGCUCAAUCACCCAAGAGCCCUCCUCUAAGUCCAGCUAACAGCUAAGCUUUUGCACAGUCAAGACUGUGUUGGCUUGCUUUCCAGGAGCUUUAGUCUGUUCCAAUCUGAAGAAGCGAGAGAGGAGCAGCUGAACUUUCUUCAAGGGGUCUCUCCUGGGACUGGGAGCCUAGGCAAUAAUCUUCUCUGAAGAAGCCCAUCUGCAGAUGGAACGAUGUGCACUCUGCUGCAGUACUCUCUUAUCUCUGGGCACCUUUGCACCUAGCCACUUCCUGCCUUGCUCUGGCCCUUGCUUUUUCUAAUAUAUGUUCUGAAUAUCCCCAUUCCCAUGCACAUGUAUGUAAUUUAAACACUGGCUUUAGACAUUUAACACAGGUACCAAGUGUCUGUCCCCUAAAGCAGGAAAAGGGUGUGAAGUGGGUAGGGAGGAGGGUGCUCACUUAGGGAUGCCUCUCCCUGCCAGGCACUCCAACUCCUGCUCUAUUGAUCUGUCUAUCUGCCAGCCAAGAGUGGAAUUUCCACAGUCUUCUCUGGACCAGAGAGAUGGUGAUGCUUCUAGCUUCUGGUCCACUCCAGGGCAGAGAAUGAGGAGCAAGGUAACUGGCAGUCAGCUAUCAGGCAAUGCCACCAGGAGGAGGCAUCCUGGAGCUCUGGCCAUCUUUCUAUGCAAAAUAUUCCAAAGAGGCCCUGAAGGCUGGUGGUGGGUGAGAGACUCUUCAAGCCAAUAUCUGCAGUAGAGGCACAUACAAAUUAAUAAAUUCCUUUGAACCAUU